AUGACGUAUUUCUUCCUGUACACCUGGAACACUUCCUUGUUUAAGGAAGAAAUUGAUGAAGAAAACAUUAUUUUAACGCUGGUCCCAGUGACAGAGGAGCCCACCAUUGAAGUGUCUACCGAAUCAAAUAUGUCUUCACCCAUUGGCCUCCAGCCACCAGUUCCCCCUGUGCCAACUUCUAAGGCUAGCAAGCCUCCAGCGUCCCCACGAGUGCCCAAUCUGCCAGCUGUGCUGCCCCCCAUUAAUGAUGUGUCCCGGAACACUCUUCGGGAAUGGUGUCGCUAUCACAACUUGAGUACAGAUGGAAAGAAAAUUGACGUGUACAAGAGACUCCUGGAGAAUUCAUAUUCAAAACAACAAUGCCACAUUCCCGACACAUCUCUUGAAGCCAGACUGAAGCCACUUCCCAGGAAACCCAAGACUGUUGUCACCAAAAGAUCCAAGCCUGAAAAUCUCAAUAGUAGGAGAGAGGAGACCGGGAUAGUUGAAGUGCUAACUUCAGAAAGGGAGUCGGUAUUCGCAACCUGGGGAAGGAUCGCUAUGAGAGCUGCCCUGCCUAGAAAUGUGAACCGACAACCUCUUCCCUCUAAUGUAAAGGCCUUUCUGCCUCCAGCCACUGGAUGCAGGUGGUGUGUUGUCCAUGGCAGAAUGCUCCCUGCAGAUAAGGCAGGCUGGGUGUGCCUGCAGAUGCACGCCGGGCAUGCCUGGGUUCCAGACACUCCCCAGAGGAUGAUGUGUCUCUUGCUACUACCAGCCUGUGUUUUCCCAACCCCAGGAGUGGAAGACAACCUGCUGUGUCCUGAGUGCGUCCACAGCAAUAGGAAGAUGUUGAGAAAUUUUGAAAGCGAGAAACGCAAAAAGCAAUCUCCAAAUUUGCCAACUUAG